AGGAAGGGAGUGAGUGAAUGAGAAAGACGGGCACACAGGGAGUGGAACAGACAGAGCGAGAGUUGCGGCUCUUACAUCUAGACGCGUGUAGAUAUUUUGCUCCCGGAGAUUCCAAAUAAAACAAACAAGAACACAACAGAUCGCGCUUGUGACAGGAAAGGCACCCGACAAAGAUAUUUGUAUGACUUUUCUGCCUAUCUGAAUUAUUAUUCCGAGGAAUAGUGUCAUAUGUGGAGAUUUCUUAACCUUGGAACGGCUGGCGUUUUUCAGCGCACGAACAAGGAAUACGAUGCUAAGGAUUUUGGAUCCCGUGGUCACUGUUGUGACCAUUUCCUUUGUGGUCGAGGGGGUGCUCGGUGGCUACGGGAUGAGCAUGUUCGCCGCGCAAACAUCUCCCCCGGACCCUUGCUACGACGAGAAUGGUAACCCGAGGAGAUGCAUCCCCGAUUUUGUGAACUCCGCUUUCGGAAAGGAAGUCCGCACUUCCAGCACUUGUGGUAAAACCCCGGGUAGGUACUGCUUGGUAACAGAGAAGGGCGACGAGAGAAAUAGGAACUGCCAUACGUGCGAUGCCUCGGACCCCAAAAAGUAUCACCCACCGGCAUAUCUAACGGAUCUCAACAACCCCCAUAAUCUCACAUGUUGGCAAUCGGAAAAUUACAUCCAAUACCCCCAAAACGUCACCAUAACACUGUCACUGGGCAAGAAAUUCGAAGUCACCUACGUAAGCCUGCAGUUCUGCUCACCUCGACCCGAAUCUAUGGCUAUCUUCAAGUCUAUGGACUAUGGCAAAUCUUGGGUACCUUUCCAAUACUAUUCGACCCAAUGCAGGAAAAUGUACACCAAACCGAGCAAGGCCACCAUUACCAAACAGAACGAACAAGAGGCGAUAUGCACAGACUCCCACACGGACAUGCACCCUCUAUCCGGCGGUCUCAUUGCCUUCAGCACUCUGGACGGCAGACCGUCGGCGCACGACUUCGACAACUCGCCGGUGCUCCAGGACUGGGUCACCGCCACCGAUAUCAAGGUGACGUUCAGCCGAUUGCACACUUUCGGUGAUGAGAACGAGGAUGACUCGGAGCUAGCCCGGGACUCUUAUUUCUAUGCGGUGUCCGAUCUGCAAGUUGGCGGUCGAUGCAAAUGCAAUGGCCACGCUUCGCGGUGCGUAAAAGACAGAGAUGGAAACCUUGUUUGUGAGUGCAAACAUAAUACCGCGGGACCGGAGUGCGACAGGUGCAAGCCUUUCCAUUAUGAUCGGCCGUGGCAACGCGCAACAGCUCGAGAAGCCAACGAAUGUGUCGCCUGUAACUGUAACCUGCAUGCCAGGCGAUGCCGUUUCAACAUGGAGCUGUACAAGCUGUCUGGGAGGAAGAGCGGAGGAGUCUGUCUCAACUGUCGCCACAACACGGCCGGACGCCACUGUCACUACUGCAAGGAGGGUUACUACAGAGACCUGUCCAAAACCAUCUCUCACAGGAAGGCCUGCAAAGCAUGUGAUUGCCAUCCCGUGGGUGCUGCUGGCAAAACCUGUAACCAAACCACGGGUCAAUGUCCCUGUAAAGACGGCGUGACUGGUAUCACGUGCAACCGCUGCGCUAAAGGCUACCAGCAGAGCCGCUCGCCCAUUGCCCCCUGCAUAAAGAUUCCCGUUGUACCCCCGACAACCACAGCCAGCAGUACAGAGGAGCCAGCAGACUGUGACUCCUAUUGCAAGGCGUCGAAAGGCAAACUGAAGAUCAACAUGAAGAAAUACUGCAAGAAAGAUUACGCUGUCCAGGUGCACAUUCUGAAGGCGGACAAGGCGGGCGAGUGGUGGAAGUUCACCGUCAACAUCAUCUCUGUCUACAAGCAGGGCGAGAGCCGCAUCCGCCGCGGCGACCAGUUCCUGUGGGUCAGGGCCAAGGAUGUGGCGUGCAAGUGUCCAAAGAUCAAGACCGGGAAGAAGUACCUGCUCCUGGGUAACAAUGAGGAUUCUCCAGGGCAGUCUGGAGUGGUGGCCGAUAAGGGCUCCCUGGUCAUCCAGUGGAGAGACACAUGGGCCCGUCGGCUGAGGAAGUUCCAGCAACGGGAGAAGAAAGGCAAGUGCAAGAAGGCAUAGGCGGAAAGUACGGACGACGCCUGGAGCGAGGGAAUGGAACGCGGGACAGGAGAAAGGAUGAGUGGGCGUUGAAAAAGGACGAGAGGAGAGAGAAGGAGACUGAGGAAGGACAGAAAGGGCCUGUGCGUUGUCGCUACUUUAUUAUUGAGAAGAUCUUUUCUAGUGGACUUUUGUGAAGGAGCUCACGCUGCAGGUGUCAUUGCUUCGUUGUUUUUUUCCUCCGAGAUUUGUCUCUGUGGAUUUGCCAAGUUUGCACCUAUUACCAGUAUAUAUAAAGUUAUUUGCGUUUUCAUUUUUUUUUCAUAUUGAUAUUUCAUAACCCAAUUUUAUGAGCAUUUUGUGCUGGUGCGAAGACACCACCAAUCAAGCCACUGCAUUAUCACAAGCUCUGUUUUCUGUCGUUUUUAUGGUUAGCUAAUAAUAUCACUGACAAACCAGCCUGCAUCGUCAAACAUCCUCACUUCAACUUUUUUUUGUGUGUUGAAAUUGUGUAUCCUAUUGGCAGUGCAGUAAAAAUUGCCAUAAAAUAACAUUGGUUCUGCGCCUUGGAAAUGCACGUUUCAUGUAUUAUCAAAUAGGUUGCCUUGCGCUUCGCCUGGUCGUAUGUGUAUGUGACAUAAAACGCACAGUAACUAGCUACGUUUUUUUAUUAUAUCGCGGGUGUGACAUAUUGUACAUUUGAUUGAAUGUUGGCCCCUAGAUGCAGACAGUGAAAUGGGAAGAAAGAAAAUGAAUGUCCAUUCUUAAAAGGUGUACAAUAUAUUUGACUCCAGUAUUGUUAACUAAGCUUAAUCAAGGAUUUUAUUUUAAAUCUACUCAUUUCUCUUUGUCCGGUUUCAGUAUUCAGAAUGAUCUGAAAUGAAUGAAUGUUCAUUGUGAAUUGUGGUGAUUAACACACUCGUGUACAGUUUCAAACUGCAUGUCAACCUGUCUCCAAAAAGGAUGGUUCUUAUGUCAAAUACAUGGCGUCCAUAUUAGGACAGCGUCAGAUGAGUUGAUGUCCUAAUAUGGACACCGUGUCCUUACUCUCUUUUUGACUGGUGCUGCUGUCUAAUUUCAUGGUCAGUGUUUUUAAUAAUACUAUUGCUGGAUUCCCAAGAAGAUGAUGGACUGCAUUCAAAAGGUCUGGGAUUCCACAAAGACUCCUGCUAUUAGAACAAUAACAACCAGAUUUCAGUUUAGGAUCUUCAAUCUCUAUUUAGGAUCACUUGUUUUAAUAUUUUAUCAAUGUUUGGUUCAAUUAUACUGAACAAACAUAAGUGCAACAUGCAAUAAUUAAUGAUUUUACAGAGUUACAAUUCAAUAUAAGGAAAUUAGUCAAUUGAAAUAAAUGAAUUAGGCCCUAAUCUAUGGAUUUCACAUGACUGGGCAGGGCGCAGCCUUGGGUGGGCAUAGGCCAACCCACUGAGGAGCCAGGCCCAGCCAAUCAGAAUGACUUUUUCCCCACAAAAGCGCUUUAUUACAGCUAAAAGUCCUCCUCAGUUUCAUCAGCUGUCCUGGUGGCUGAUCUCAGACGAUCCCGCAUGUGAGAAUGCCAGAUGUGGUAGAGAAAUGAACAUUAAAUUCUCUGGCAACAGCUUUGGUUGACAUUCCUGCAGUCAGCAUGCCAAUUGCAUGCUCCCUCAAAACUUGAGACACAUGUGGCAUUGUGUUGUGUGACAAAACUGCCUUUUAUUGUCCCCAGCACAAGGUGCACCUAUGUAAUGAUCAUGCAGUUUAAUCAGCUUCUUGAUAUGCCACACCGGUCUUGUGGAUGGAAUAUCUUGGUAAACAAGAAAUGCUCACUAACAGGGCGGUAAACAAAUGUGUAUACAAAAUUUGAGAGAAAUAAGCUUUUUGUGCGUAUGGAAAAUUUCUGGGAUCUUUUAUUUCAGCUCAUAAAACACUUCACAUGUUGCUUUUAUUUUUUUGUUCAGUAUAUAUUUAAUGAUCGAGUGAUUUUGGAGCCAGUUCUUCUAAGAGACAGAAAGCGGUGCGGUUCUUCCCCAUGUUGCCCAGAUUUAGUAUAUAGAUGUUUUUUUAUUUGAUAUUGAAGGUGUACAUUUAUGAAAUAUGAAUUCACAUUACUAUUAUAAUAUAGUACACAUGCUUUACACAAAACCAAAAGGAAGCAUUUGCAAUGAUGUGAAUAUAAAACCUUAUCAUACCUAAGGUUUCAAAUAGAUUAGCUACCACACUAGGCCCUGUGUGUGGACAACACAAAUCUGAUUGUUUUCAGAGAACGUUAACCAAGCAGUGAGAUAUUAGUACAUAUUGAAUUGAAAGCGUUACAAUGUACAUAUGUAUACGACCUCUCCAUAGGAACAAUAUUUCCUAAUACUGUAGGCUAUUCACCAAUCGGCACAGAAUUGUUUCUGUGUCGUAUUAAAUUCACACUAUUUGGAUGCAAAAAAAAUGUAAAAUCACAAUGUGUUAAGCAUUUCUAAUUGAAACAAGCCUCUUCCCCAAGGUACUAAAAAAGGGAUUGGCAGUCAACAAUAAAAAAUCUGUAUUAGUAGUAUUUUUAUGUGAAAAUGAUCUAGAUAAUAAAACUAUUAUUAACUUCAAUUUAUUGGUUGUAGAUUUUAGCAAAGAGAACGGAGAGAGUGCACACCUAAGAACAGUAUUUACGUUCUUGUUGUAUUGAGGCAAGAGAAAUGUAAGAGUGCAGUUUACCUCUGACGGACAGUGGACUGUUCCAAACAUUAUUACACAAGCAUUAUUAGUCAUUAUUAGGCUUCAUACCCCUUCUCCCCCCACUUAACCAUCCAUAGACCUCACUCUUGUGCAUAAGAUAUACAUGUUACAAGCUGGACUGCCUGCCAGCUUGUGUGGUGUCCGGCAUCCAUAUUAGCAAGUCAUCAGAUUUCAAGCAAACCUUUCAGUGGUCUUCCUAAUAUGGAAUACCUAAUAUGGAUGCCGUAGCAGCAGCUAUUCAACAGCUGCAGACAUUCUUCAAUGUCUCUUACAAGGCUGUCAAAUUAAUUCAGUUCAGAACGAUUCAAAGAGGGCGAAACGAGGACUAGGAGGGGGGGAAAUCCUGUAAUUCAAUCACCUGAUUAUCCCCAAAUGAAUUAAAACCACAUCUUUCUUUAAUUUCAAACCAAUCAGAUGUACAUUGAGUGUCUGAUUGCCAGCAUCUGUGUUCCAUACGGUUUCUCUCUGUGCUGGUGUAUUGAAAUAUUACAGAUGACAUAUUACACGUAUUUAUACAUAUAUUUACAUGUUACUUCCUUUCAUCAUUAUAUCCAUACUCGUGACAUUAAAUGUAAAUGUAUUUCUGUUUGGCACAUAGUAUAUAAUCAAACCUCAAUCGUCUUUUCCCCAUUCGGUCUCUGUAUCCCCAUGAUGUACAUUUUAGAUCAGUAUUCCAAGCAAUGGAUUGACAACGUCCUCCGCUUUGAUGAAAUAUUACGACCGCAGAUCUGUCAAAACGCUGCUUUUGUUCAUACUUUUUAAUUGUAAAUGUUGUUUAGCUGUGGUGGCCUUUGCAAAACCAUUUUUUGCAAUGUUUGUUUUACAAUGUGUACUAAUAUAUUAUGGUUAUUAUAUAUGGAUAUAUUUAAUGACACGAGACAUUGUGGAUUUUAUUCUGUCUUUUUUUUUGUUACUUGUUUGUGGUUGUUUAGAUGUUUGUGAUUUUAAGAAGGAAACAAUAACUACUGAACACCAAGCUGGUAGAACUAAAUCCAGAAUUCAGUUGAAAUAAACUCCUGUUAAGUCGCCA